CGACAUCGCCCGGCGACCGGAAGCGGGUUUCCGGGCAAGGCCGUCCGCGGGUUGCGGUCCCGGUUGGAGGGAGGUGGUGGAGGGAGGUGGAGGCGGGGGGGUCACGGAUCCUGGCCUCGGCGUCACCAUUUGCACCCGGGGCUCGUCGCCGCCAUGGAGGGCGGAGGGCGGCCCUCGCUGGGCCAGUUCAUCCUCCUGGGCACCAGCUCUGUCGUCACCGCCGUCCUGUACUCCGUGUACCGGCAGAAGGCCCAGGUCUCCCAAGAGCUCAAGGGAGCUAAAAAGAUCCACUUGGGUGAAGAUUUAAAGAGUAUUCUUUCAGAAGCUCCGGGAAAGUGUGUGCCUUACGCUGUUAUUGAAGGAGCUGUGCGAUCUGUUAAAGAAACACUCAACAGCCAAUUUGUGGAAAACUGCAAGGGGGUAAUUCAGCGGCUGACACUUCAGGAGCACAAGAUGGUGUGGAACCGAACAACCCACCUCUGGAAUGAUUAUUCCAAGAUCAUUCACCAGAGAACCAACACGGUGCCCUUCGACCUCGUGCCCCAUGAGGAUGGCGCGGACGUGGCUGUGCGCGUGCUGAAGCCCCUGGACUCAGUGGAUCUGGGCCUAGAGACUGUGUAUGAGAAGUUCCACCCCUCGAUCCAGUCCUUCACCGAUGUCAUCGGCCACUACAUCAGUGGUGAGCGGCCCAAAGGCAUCCAGGAGACCGAGGAGAUGCUGAAGGUUGGGGCCACCCUCACGGGGGUCGGCGAGCUGGUCCUGGACAACAACUCCGUCCGCCUGCAGCCGCCCAAGCAGGGCAUGCAGUACUAUCUGAGCAGCCAGGACUUCGACAGCCUGCUGCAGAGGCAGGAGUCGAGCGUCAGACUCUGGAAGGUCCUGGCGCUGGUUUUUGGCUUUGCCACAUGUGCUACCCUCUUCUUCAUCCUCCGGAAGCAGUAUCUGCUACGGCAGGAGCGGCUGCGCCUCAAGCAGAUGCAGGAGGAGUUCCAGGAGCACGAGGCCCAGCUGCUGAGCCGAGCCAAGCCUGAGGACAGGGAGAGUCUGAAGAGCGCCUGUGUCGUGUGUCUGAGCAGCUUCAAGUCCUGCGUCUUUCUGGAGUGUGGGCACGUCUGUUCCUGCAGCGAGUGCUACCGUGCCUUGCCAGAGCCCAAGAGGUGCCCCAUCUGCAGACAGGCGAUCACCCGGGUGAUCCCCCUGUACAACAGCUAACGGGUGUGAAGCUGCACAGUUGCACGUGGAAGCAGCCCCCUCCUUUUUCGGGGAUUUUUAUCUCAAGGCCUUUGGACGAGCAGUGGUGGGGGUAGCUGUUCCCUCCAGGUGAGACUGAGGGAGGGGGAGGGUGGAGACUCUCCAGACCCGCACCUCCCCCAGCAGGAUGUUGCCUUUCCAACCAGAGAGGGGACCUCGUCCAUACAGGGCGUGAGAGUCAAAGCCCCACCCUGGGAGGGUGCCGGAGCACGGCGUCUCUUCCCAGGACCGGAUGAGUGUGUGUGUGGCUGAACACACCUCAUCGCUUAAGCACCAAAGCCAGUGAUGAUCAGCUCUUCUGUUCUGUGUCUUCUGGUCCUUUCUGGUGAAUUGUUGAUUGCGGUGGACUUGGGGGAAGACUCAGCUGGAGGGGAGGAAAGGCCGGGCCCUGAGACAACGGACGCCUCCCAGAGCUGCCUCUGAAGGGACCCUGUGCAGCUUUCUUCCUUUUGCUCACACUCUGGGAAAAGGUCUUUCUUUAAAAUUGUCAGGCUGGACAGGUCACUUGUGUCCCUUACCUGCUUGCCUCCUAAACGUGUGCACAUGUGUGUGGAGGACAAAAGAAAGUGAAACGAGCACACCUGCCUCUGCCCAAAUGAAUGGGACCCCGGCAGCAGCACGAAGGGAGGUCACUUGCGGGCAGUUGGUCAGGAAGCCCCCCUGGUGUUGCCACUUAGCCAGGGAGGCCCACGGGCCCUGAUUUAGAACUCCUGCAGCUUGGGAGGGCCGAGGGGUGGCUCUCAUUGUUCCUGAGGGAGGAUAAGCCGCAGAGGCCCCAUCACCGUGGGAAGCAGCGUGGACACCACUCUCCUGGCCUCCUGGCUUCGCAGCUGCCUUACAAGGCUUUCACCAAGGAAAAGCAGCCGGCACCCUGAGCACCCAGCCUUUCAGGGCUCCCCGCCCGCCCCAACCCAUGGCAGCGUUGACGUCCAUGGGUGUGACACGUCGCCCUCCCUGUGUUGCCGUUCUCCCCUCACCUGUCCUUAGCCUGUGAGUGCAGGACAUGGGGGGAUGUCUUUCCCCACCUCUAAGUAGUCGAGUCAUAUACACAGCUCUUUUCUAGUUCCCUUCUCUGUCUUUAAUCUUCAUCCCUGAUCCUCCUCUGUGCGGGGACGGAGGGGAGCUCUCAGGGGCUGACACUAAUACUAUGCAGUGUCUGGUGU